UUUAUGUUUAUUCUCUCUUGAUUUUUGGUGUCUUUUGUGGUCUUAUGGGAAGAUUGAAGCUUCACAGCUUUCAAUCAAUUAUGUUGAAAUACACCUUUGCAUGAAGCCAUACGUUGAACAACGCACACGCCUGCAAGGUAGCAUAGGAUGGUGACGGUCGUGUCCUGCAUAACGCAACCAUCGGUCACAGCACCUGCAGUGAACAGUUCUACAAUGAGUGGGAAUUGCCAAUCGAUCACGAUUCCGAUGUGUCAACAAAUGCCGUACAAUGCCACGAGAAUGCCCAAUCUACUUGGAAUGACACACCAGGAUGAUGCUUUGAUAGCUCUAGAACAAUUUCGCUAUUUACCUGACACAAACUGCUCUCCGUAUUUGGUAAGUGUCUCUCCUAUGUUUACCUUCUGUCAAUUUAAAUGGCGUUCUGGAACAACAAACAGGUCUUUUUUCUCUGCGUCAUCUAUACUCCAAUUUGUACGGCUGAGCUCCCAUCGUUCUUGGCCACCAUUCCACCGUGUCGACAGGUGUGCGAACAAGUUAAAUCACACUGCGAACCACUCAUUAAAAAGUAAUAUUUAUGAACCACUCGUCACAUUCUUUAGAAACAAAAACUCAGAGAUUUAUUGCUUUUCUAGAAUGGGAUUCAUUUGGCCUCCUGCACUAGAAUGUUUUUCUUUUCCCGAUGUCACUAAAGCCGAGAGUGUGUGUCUGACUCCUGAAGCUAUCCUGAAACAAAACACAACGAUAAAAAAUCCAGAGAACUGUCCAUGCUUUCGGCAUCCUAAAUUAAAACAGCGCCUCUAUCUCAAAAGGCGCUUUGAUUUCGCCGUUAGAGGAAGGGUGGAAUGGUCGGAAACUUUCGGCUCCUUAACUCUAACCAAUAUAGAGGUGAUUGAAGUUUUUAAACACGGUAAAGUUCGUAUCGAUUCUGUUUCCAGAGAGAUUUUUUGGACGAAUACUUCGUGCGGCACAUGUCCGCGGCUUGAUCCAGGCAGGGAAUAUUUUCUCUUAGGCCACGAGGACGUCACGCGCCAACGACUUUUGUAUACACACUUAAGUGUCGGACUAGAAUGGCGGAAAAAAUACGCGAUGUUGAUUGGGAAAUGGGAAAAGGCUAAGAAGCAAACAUCCAACACAGGGGGCAACUAAAACCAUUAAUUUAUACCACCUGGUCAUACACCCAAAUUAAUGCUCGGCCUCGUCUUUAUUUUAAAUUACAGUUACAUGUAAGUUGAUUUGUUGUUCUAUACAAGGGAUAUACGAGA